AUGAAUGUAGCGUUUGAGCAUGCUCUGAAACACGGUCCAACAAAUGGUUUAUUCCUGGUAACAAUAGGCUGGUUUGUGGAUAGCGUGAGAAGAAAUGUUAGGCUGGAAGAAGCACUCUACAAUGUGAAUAAAAUUGUGGAUAACGGCAUUCCUAGUGACGUCUUGAAGCGGGUUGAUCAAAACUUUGCUGCAGAGAAUUCUUCUCUUCCUGUUGGUGUGCAUAAGCAUACAAAACAACCCCACAUGAUCGAUGCCUAUGUAUCCCAGUUUCCAGAAAGGGAAAGUAAAAGACAGAUUGUUUCUUCCUCCAUUUCUGGUCAAUCGUUUUAUAUUGACAAAGAUGUCCCAGCCGAACUCCGGAGUAAGGUUGCUGAGGCUAUAUCUGCUGAAGGUGCUAUCUUAGUCGACCAAUGGUUUGUUGGUUGCAAUGUUACUCAUGUUGUAUGCGAAGGACCUCCUGUGCAAAAGUAUCUGGGGCAUUCUAGUAAUCUUGUCACACCAUAUUGGGUUCUAAAGUCAGCUAAAGAAAAAACUCUACAAAGACUUGUCCACUUAUCAGCUGAUUUGGCUCGGUAUACUGGAGCAAUGCUUGAUACUCUCCAGCACGGUGUUUCCAAGGAGGAAAUUGACAGAGUAAUUAGUUCAAGAGAUGUAGCUAGUCCCGUAACAGAAGUUAGUCACGCAGAAAGGCAAACGAAGGUCAACCUAGCUAAAGAUGGAGUCCGAAAGAGAAGAAAUCGCCGAAUGCAGACGUGUCAAACUCCAAUACGUCCCAUAACCCCUGGCACCCUUUUGGACUCCAUUUGCUGGUCGAUUUCUGAGCCGACCUCGACUGCUUCUAUUUAUACAGAGUCUUCAAGUGUAGAAAAUGCCACUGAAGACCAUACAUCAGUGUUCCUUGAUUCAAAGGAAUCUGAGACUUCAUUCGUGAACUUAUCUCGCCCACUUACAGAAAGUGAGAAAUCUGAGUUAAUAUUCAAAGGCCAUUUUCUCACCAUCAUGUUCCCGGUUGACCGAUUUUCGGAAAUGGGCCCUUGUUCGAGGACAUUCUUUAGCAAUAACGGGUUUACGUGUUUGCAAGUGUUGGAUUACAUCUAUGCAUUUUAUCAGGAGAAUAUGUCAGCCGAGGAAAUUGAAAUAGCGAUCCACACAGACUCGAGGCAUGCUGACCGGCUGAGAUUCGCUUACUCCAGCAAAGAGGCAGCGGAGACUGGUCAUUUAGAGUUUAAGAGGAUCGAUUUUCUGGGCAGCCGAAAGAGUUUUGAGAUGUUGAAACGUGUAUCGGGCGAAAAUAAUAGUAAUCUUUAUGAGCUGUUGAUCAGGGCAUGA